AUGUCCAAUGGCUUCAGGUACAAAGAUGAGGACAAGGUGUUAGAUGUUCGAUGUGGUUCGAUUUCUGAGCCAUUUUUCCAUCCAAGUCAUCCCAAUCAUCCCUUAUUUCACAUUCCACAUGAUCGUUCUAUAAAUUGCAAUGGUUGUGGAGCGUAUAGUGCAUAUCAUGUCCUCAGGUGCAUUGAAGAUGGUUGUGAAUUUAAUUUAUGCUUCGGUUGCGCCACUUUACCACAAGUUGUAAAGCACAGAGUUCACGAUCAUCCUCUCACACUAUACUAUGGCGAAGAUGCAAGUGGUAAAUACUGGUGUGACAUUUGUGAGACAGAAACUGAUCCAAGCAAGUGGUUCUACACGUGUAAAGAUCACCAUGCUAGUUUGCAUACACAUUGUGUGUUCGGAGAGUUUGGAGGGCUCAUGCCAAGAACCACAGUAGAGAUUAAGGACAAGUCAUAUGAGGUGGUGCUCAAUGAUAGUGUAUCUCGCCCAUUUUGUACCAACUGUAAGUCGCGGUGCUUAUACCGUAUCAUGUUGAAGAUGCUUGGUAUCUCAGAUGCGUACAUUUGCUCUACAUACUGUGCAAUUACUUUCAAUUAG